UUUGUGAACAGUCCUCUUAAGUGGCAGGCUGCCAAGGCUAGCUGCAUUUGGCUGGAAGCACAUCUUCUUGAAAUAGAGAGUGAGGCUGAACAAAACUUGAUUCAAAACAAAGCCUCCGGAAAUAAAUGGUGGAUGGGAGGAACAGAUGAAGAGUCCGAGGGCACGUUCAUCUGGGUACAUUCUAACACAACAUUGAAUUACACACAUUGGGAUACAGGUGAACCUAAUAACGGGGGUACAGGUGAAAAUUGCGUCGAACUGCUUCCUGAAGGUGUUUGGAAUGACAACAAUUGUGACUCUUCUCAUUACUAUGUUUGUGAAAAAAAGAAUAAAUAUUAAGAGAAUUUUCAAUGAAUGUUAUACAAUAACAUAAUUAUGUAACCA